GCUGUGUGUGUGUAUCACCGUGUGCGUGUGAGUGCACGCGCGCGCACUCGUGCCUCCCCAGCGGGCGGCGGCGCCCGGGUUGUCUGUGACCCUAGAUGAGUCCGCCUGUUUCUCUGCGUGCGCUCACCCCCGUGGUGUGUGUGCGUGUGUCCCGACUCCUCUGUGCUGUUUGCCUCUGGGUCCCAUUUGUGUGUGUCGGGGGUGGGGGCGGGGGUGCAGUUCGCUGGCCUGUAGGUGGCUGGCUGCGUAUUUUGGCAUGUUUCUGGCUACCUGACCCGGGUUUUGCGGGCCACUGGGUGUCUGUCUGGAUUCCGUGUUCGGUGUAUUUGGGCUGGUAUGCCAAAACCUGUGGAGCCGGCUUCUUUCUGCGGGGACUCGGGAAAAUAAGUGUGAGGCUUGUAAAAGCGAUGCCGUCUCUCUUUUUGUUGGCAGCAGACUCUGGGAAAAAAAAAAAAUGUUCUUUUAAAGAACUGAAGUUUUCCAGCCUGGGAUGUUCAGAGAAAUCAUACUGAAGUGACCUGAGGCUCCAUGAUUGUUUGUUUGGUUUUUAUUUAUUUAUUUUAUUUUGUGUUUUCAGACCACAGGCGUGGUUGUACAGGGAGGGGAUGAUUCCAUUUGGGGCAACAAUCUAGCCUUUCUUUUCAUCCAUGGGUGUCUGAGAUUUUAAGAAGCCCACAGUUACCUACACUCUUUGGUGAGGAAGGAGAGUGAAGGAGAGGUAGGUGAAAUUCCAGAACAUCAAAUGCUCCUUGAUGGAAAUCUCCGAACCACACACACACACACACACACACACGCAAGUUUUUAAACCCUGUGGCUUACUUCUUCAGGGAAAUAAUCCAUGCACUGCAAUUCCAGUGCAAAAAGAAAGAAAAAAAAAAGCCUCUAGGUAUCUGGUGCCAUUGAAAUUGAUUUGUUUUCAAAAUCUGUUUCCAGAAUCUGAUAGCAUUUUCUCUACAGGAUAUAUAUGAAUUCAUGACACCCUCUGGUCCCUGUUUGGAAGGGCAGGGUGAUUUCAUUUGGACCUCCCCAACCCCUGUAGACCUCAACCCAGCUCUUUGUUGAUGUGCAAGGACCAAUAGAUAGGAGACAGUGCUCUGUGAUCAUGGAAUUUGAGAGAAUUCUCUUCGCUCUAAGAUUAGCACUGUAAUAUUUAUUGCUGUGGCAUCUUGAGGGUUCUCAGAGAGCUUUUCUGCUCCCUGUUACCUGCAUUUUAGAGAUGGCAUGGCCGAAGUUGAGGGAUUAUUCUCCUGGAUUACACUUUGCUCCAUUUUUAGUGACCAAAAAGGACGCUAAUGAUUUUUCUUGUCAGCUAAUUAAUUUGCAUCGACCUGUCCAUACUCUGCCGCCAGUCCCCCUUGACUGGAUUAGGAUUGCAGGGCAGAUGUUGUAAAGGGGAACAUUCCAGAAGGUUGUGCUUCACCUCAGGCACAAUUUGGGCCACCCGGAGGUCCCCUUUGUUCUGUGGAUGGGAGUUGGGGGUGGUUUAGGGCCAUUUGGUUUGCUUUGCAUGGUCCCCGUUUGCUCUGGCUGGCCUUGCCCAUACUGCAUGGUGAAGAACUUAAUUGUAUGCCAGAUUCUGAAGCUGAAAGAGCAGCCCAAGCACUUGAAACCUUGUUAUCGGGAUAAAUGGGUUUCUGGGAAAACUGACGUCACUCUCCCUGCCCCCCUCCCCCAGGCUGUAAAGCUCUUGUUUAUGUGUCAUUUGUCUCUCUGCUCUUUGUGUCUGCAAGAAGUUGUAAUACGCCUGGGGAAGAUGGAAUUAACUCAGGAGACCUUGGACAGCUGAUGGCUGUUUGUUUCUUCCAAGGAAUAUGCAUGCAGGGUUUGGAAAGAGAAGUCUGGAGAAUAAACCUAGCUCAGGAGUUCUUUUGAAUGAGCUCCGGGACAUGGUGCCACACAUGCAUUGCUCUGGGGCGUGUGUGUGUGUGUGUGUGUGUGUGUGUGGUUGAGGGUCACCAUGGCUAGUAAGGCAACAUCAUUAGUGACUUAAAACAGGCCACAGAAUUGUUGGGUAGGACCCUUCUUUGGGCAUGCACAGAGCUUGGAAGUUCAGCUCUGGCGUACACAACACAACCCGAUCCCAUCGAAUGAACACCACAAAGAUUCUGUGUGACAAAACUCUCUCUCCAUUGCAUCCACAGACGUUUAUUUUUGACUGCUCAGUGUCCAGCACUAUGGCUAGCCCUGGUCAACUAUACGAAAAAAAAAAAAAGUAGUAGACAUAGUCUCUGGCUUGUAAGCUUAUGGUCUAGUUGGAGAGACCAGUUGUGGCUGCUGUGAAAUAGAGAACUGUAGAAGAUUCUUGGGAUAUCCCCACUCCCAACCCCUGCCUGUGAGGUGGCUUGAGCUGCUAUUAAUACAUACUUUUUUUGUUUAAGUUUAUUUAUUUACUUUGAGAGAGAGAGAGAGAGCGUAGGAAGGACAGAGAGAGAGAGAGAGAGAGAGAGAGAGAGAAUCCCAAGCAGGCCCCGGACCAUCAGUGCAGAGCCCGAUGCAGGGCUCGAACUCACGAACUGUGAGAUCGUGACCUGAGUCGAAACCAAGAGUUGGGCACUUAACCAACUGAGCCACCUGGGUGCCCCAGGAUGUACUCUUUGAGGUCAUAUGACUUCUCCAUGGUAACCAAGCAAGGCACAGCCCAGGCCUCAGGGGCGGUAUCUUCUGGCUCUUUCAUCGAGCUGUUUCUUUCAAUGUUGUGUUUUGGGGUCCAGACUGUAAGUGCUGUCCCAUAGAAAGAACGGCUCAUUGGUUCUGGCUUGAACCAAUCCCACAAUGUGGGCAAUGAUGCUCUCCUCCACUGGCAGCCCGGUAAUGGUCUUUCUCCCUAAUGAAGGAUCUUGCAGGGGCUAACUUUGCCUUACCUGGGGUUGGUCUGGGGCAGCUGUCUCAGGGCAACCGCCUCCAGGCGGGGAGAAGCUGGUCUCUGCAUUCUGAUCUUUGCUAUCAAAUGGCACCUAACCCUUGAUUUCCCUUGAAGCUCCAGCCUCAGCCAUAUCUACCACCUCACACUAAAAGUAAUAUUAUACCCCGACCCCGGGAGAGCAAAGCCCCAGUAUGUACCCAUACCUCCACUGAGGAUACAGCACAGACGAAAAUUUACAUGGCCUCAAAUAGAACAAGUUAUUGAAUCUAAGUCAAGGGUAUAUGGGUGAUCAUUGUACCAUUUUUCUAACUCUUCUAUGUGUUUGAGACUUUUCAAAAGAAAAAGGGGAGGGGACGACAAUGUCUUCCCCUCCCCCCACCAAAGGCAUACAGCCCUUCCCUCAGGGAGUUUACAAUCUAAUAAUGGAGGCAGAUUUAAAUAGCCAUGUGAUUAUUAUUGUGGUCCAUGCCGCACAAGGAGCUGCCGCCUACUGUGAGAAUUCACUACAAGUGGACCUAAUCCAGCCGUGAACGGGGGCGGUGGGUGACUGGAAAGGCUUCCUGAGGGCUUCAGCUAAGAAAGGGGUAGGUGUGAAGAUGCUUGAGCUCUCACCCUGCUCCCGGGCCCGGGGACAUUUCAUUUGUUAAUUCACACGCUUCUGUUCUCAUUCAUUCAUUCCUCCAACAGAGUUGGUUGGGCACCAACUCUGCCAGGCCCUGUGCCAGGUGCUGGGGAUAUGGUGGUGCCGAGGCACACAGGACCGUGCCCUCCGAAAGCUUCCAGAUGACAGGCAGGAAUCAGUCCCGUUUCUUUUCAUUUCCUAAAUCCCGGAAAUGUUGAGUGGUAGCGGUGUUCUUAUUACAAAACUGCAUUACAGCUGAGCGAUUUGUCUGUAUAGCAUAAUGAGAUUUUGAUCUGCAGUCAUGUGCAUAGCAUUUACCUUGUGGAGUCUCUGCUGUAAAUUUUCUGUUAAUUGCUGGCUUUGUUACCCAGCAUGGCCCCUCCCUUUGUGUGCCGUAAGGGAACAAACCCGUAGCAUUAGUCUGAGCAAAACUAAUUAGGAAGAUAAGCCCCCUGGAAAAAGGUAUUCCAAAACUAAAUAGGACUGAUUUCUGGACUUGCCUGGGUUUCUGGAUUAUCAGAGCCGCGGUUUCGUAUUAGCAUGAACAAUUGAGAAGGGCUUUUAAGUUGCAUGUACUUUAAGACCCCAUUGAAGAAAGAGAAAGAGAAGAGGAAGACAGAGAAUACCAUAGAUAAGUAUAACAUGUUUCUUUCAAAGAUCUCCAAAUGCUUCCAUCUGUAUUUCAUUUUUCCCAACAGCUUCCUGAACAAGUAUUCCUGUUUUCUUCAUUUAUGGGUACGGGGAGACCAAGUGACUUAGUCCAAAGCGAUAUCGCUGGUCAGUGGACGAAACAAUGAAACACAUAACAGAUGACACAGAUUCAUUAAAAAAUAAAUAAAUAAAUAAAUAAAUAAAUAAAUAAGCCAAACCUGCCCUUUUCGUGAUGUUUCUAAGCAAUAAAAAUCCUGCCAUUACCCCAACUUCCCCCUCUUUUCACCGCCUCUCCCCCACCCCCGCCAGCACACUCAGGGGUCGGAGAAGAGUAUACUUGGGUUCUUUGAAGACUCGGUGAUGUUAAAAAGAUCCUCAGCUUAAAUCCCAGAUAGCACAGCCACGGGUUACGUGUGGGUUUUCUUUCUUUUUCUUUCUUUCCAUAUUGCUUUAAAUAAAAAUCUUGGAGCCACCAGCCGUGUAAUGAUGGAUUAUUUUAAGUAACAACUUGGGGGGGGGUGCAGAAUAAAUUAGAAACACAGACCCUUCCUCCUCGGUUUGGCAGGAGAAGGCUUUUGCUGCUGGGAUUUGAAACCGUGGGUUUCUCCGCUGCUUGCACAGAGGAAGGAGGCCACAUGCUCAGGAGGGUGAGAAAUAAUGUUAUCCUCUUGUCCUGUGUCUCCGCAUUAAAGGCAGCCAUCUGCUGAAUUGUGCCACGUGCUCUCAGCUCGCCCUGGGCUUGGGUCAUCCGUUCCACUCACUUACAGGGGACUGGGGAAGAGAUUUGCAGGCCUCCGAGGGGACAGGACUCAGGGCUCCGGUUUCUCUGGCCAGGGCCCCCUCUGACCCUUCCCCCCCAUUGAAGACCCUGGGGUGGGUGAGAGCGGGAGCAGAACCCCGCUUUGGCGACCCUGAUGAGGUGUGAGGUAGUGUUGGGUUUCCUUUCCCAGCAGAGGCCCCCAGCUCUGAACACCGGCGCUGAGGCAGGAACUGGGUUUUUUCAGAUCCACUUUAAAUGAGACCAGAUGGAGGCAGAGGCAAAUUCAGGCUCCCUAGAGGACAGUUGGGCAUUCAUCCAGAGGCCUGGUGAAGGCUGCCGAACUGUCCCCCUGGCUGGACAUGUGGGGUUUGACAGCUUGCCCGACCAGCUGGUGAAUAAGUCAGUCAGCCAGGGUUUCUGCUUCAACAUCCUGUGCGUGGGAGAGACAGGGUUGGGCAAGUCGACCCUCAUGGACACCCUGUUCAACACCAAGUUUGAGGGGGAGCCAGCCACCCACACGCAGCCGGGUGUCCAGCUCCGGUCCAACACCUAUGACCUCCAAGAGAGCAACGUGGGGCUCAAGCUCACAAUUGUGAGCACAGUGGGCUUUGGGGACCAGAUCAACAAGGAAGACAGCUACAAGCCUAUCGUGGAAUUCAUCGACGCCCAGUUCGAGGCCUACCUGCAGGAAGAGCUGAAGAUCCGCAGGGUCCUGCACGCCUACCAUGACUCCCGAAUCCACGCCUGCUUGUACUUCAUCGCCCCCACGGGUCAUUCCCUGAAGUCUCUGGACCUCGUGACGAUGAAGAAGCUGGACAGUAAGGUGAACAUCAUCCCCAUCAUUGCCAAAUCAGAUGCCAUUUCUAAGAGUGAGCUAACGAAGUUCAAAAUCAAAAUCACCAGUGAACUUGUGAGCAACGGGGUUCAGAUCUACCAGUUCCCGACAGAUGACGAGUCCGUGGCAGAGAUCAAUGGAACCAUGAACGCGCACCUGCCGUUUGCUGUCAUCGGCAGCACAGAGGAACUCAAGAUAGGCAACAAGAUGAUGAAGGCACGGCAGUAUCCUUGGGGCACGGUGCAAGUUGAGAACGAGGCCCACUGCGACUUUGUGAAGCUGCGGGAGAUGCUGAUUCGGGUGAACAUGGAGGACCUCCGGGAGCAGACCCACAGCCGGCACUACGAGCUGUACCGCCGCUGCAAGCUGGAGGAGAUGGGCUUCCAGGACACCGACCCCGACAGCAAGCCCUUCAGCUUACAGGAGACGUAUGAGGCCAAAAGGAACGAGUUCCUAGGGGAGCUCCAGAAGAAAGAGGAAGAGAUGAGACAGAUGUUCGUCCAGAGAGUCAAAGAGAAGGAAGCUGAACUUAAAGAGGCAGAGAAAGAGCUGCAUGAGAAGUUUGACCGCCUGAAGAAGCUACACCAGGACGAGAAGAAGAAACUGGAGGAUAAGAAGAAAUCUCUGGACGAUGAAGUGAAUGCCUUCAAACAGAGAAAGACGGCGGCUGAGCUGCUCCAGUCGCAGGGCUCCCAGGCCGGAGGCUCCCAGACGCUGAAAAGGGACAAAGAGAAGAAAAAUAAUCCAUGGCUGUGUACUGAAUAGUAUCCCCUGCUACAGCUGGACUGGACUCCAUUUAGCCUUUUAAAGCCAAGGCUCCUAUUUUAACUGACAGCUUUCCUUUGGGGUGCCAGGCAGCAUCCCCCACCCCUGCCGUGUACUUCACUUUGAGCCCCAUUUCUUCUUUUGAGUUCUGCCUCCGAGUCCACUGGCACUGAUCAUGACCUUCUUUUGUAUUUCUGGUUUUUUUGAGGUCUUUUUUUUUUCCUUAUCGCCUUUUUUUUCCUUCUUCUUCAAAAACACACAGUUAAACCAGGCUAUGCCAAAUUUUCCAGGCUUUUUGCAGUGUUGAGAAUGGGGAGGGGGUUUCCUCUCUUCCAUGGUAGGAAGCGAAAAGUAGAAAAAACAAAAACACACACACACACACACACACACUUUACAUUUUCUUGCUGGCAGAACAAGCGCGCAGUUUUGCUGUGUAUUGUUUGGUGAGUCACUGAUUGGUUAGUGACCAGAGGCGAGUAUGAAAUAUAAGCUAGUUUCUUGAGAAACUAGAAAGGGCCUUUAGAAAGUCUCAUCGUGGAGCAUGUUUGGAGACCCCGUGCUUGGAGGUUCAAAACAGUAUAAAACACACAAAAACGUGGAUACUCAGCCAGUAGCUCAGAGAGAUGCUACGUUAAAGCUGUCAAGUCUCCUUGGGAAAGGCAUCUUAUUUGCAGCUUUGAUGUCUCCGUGUCCGGUUUUACAGCUAUUUCCCCCGAGAACCUCAAACUUAAACAACCAGUGGACCUCCAUUAUUCUGGGUUAUUAUUUGCAUUACAAGUAGGAGGCCCCCUCAUUUACAUUUGUUUACGGAUUAACUACUAGAGACCUGAGGAGUUCUGAAAACUUCAAAAGUAGUAGCCCACCCAGCCUUUGGGAGGACUUCAGGGACGAGGCAGAAAUUUCGCCUCGAGGGAGAAAUUUCGGUCCCUUAAACAGAUAAUGACCCGCUUCGCCCGCCCCUCCCCGGUAAGGGCAAUUGAGGCCCAGAGAGGUCCAGGGACUUGCCAGAUGUCCCAGUUCUGUUUCACAGCAGAAGCCAGGCGACAUUCAGUGUGUCCUGACUCCCGAUCCGUUUCACAAAUGGAUUCAACCCGUUCCUAUAUGUUCCUGGAGACCCAGGUCUUUUGAUGUUUGGAGAAAAUGAAUAGUUAGCAUUACAGGGCCUUUGAAGGGUCCCCCCCAACCCAGAGAAAAAUAUCUGAGGAUGGAGUGGGCAGGGGCGGGCAAAGCAGCGGACCAGGCCAGCUCCUGAACUGAGUGUUUCUGCUGACGGUGCCUGUUGGCUGGUCGGCUUUCCUGGAAGUCUGGAGUGGGGCCCAGGCCUGCGAAUGUUUACCAGGUGCCCUAGAUGAUCCUCGUAAUCAAGGAAGUUUGGUAAACAAAAAAUCUAACCUGGGAGUGAACACGAGGCCUUUAGAAAGCCGAUUAAAAGGGUUAAAAUAGUUAUUUUAUUGGGUAGCUUUUCUCACUGUAGACAGAAAGGGUUUCUUUUUUCCUUCUGCAGUGAAAAGGCUAUUUAAUUAGUACAAUGGUUAUUGUUUUUCUUAAGUACCCUAAAUACUCUGUUAACUUCAGGUGAAACAAAACCAGUCAUUAGAAAUGGUCCGAGCUUUCCUGGAAAAUCCCCACAUGUGAUCACGAUCACGAUCACACACACACACGCACACACACACACACACACACCCUCAUUUCUCUUAAGCCGAGAAGUUUGCUUUUCCUACCUGAGGUGCAGAUCACUUUUGGUUUUGGUUUUGGUUUUAAUCAUUUGGCAUUCACAUGUGGCUGUUUUUAAUUAAAACAAGAAGCUUUAAACUGGUGUGUGGUGUUCUUAAAAACCUUCUCGGCAGAUUUCCCAGUGUCCCCAUCUCUAACCUGUCUUCUCCAAGUAUAAUCUCUGCUACCUCGCACUGCCCACUCCCCUUGCCUUGUCUUACUUUGGAUGUCCUUUUUCUUCGGCUAAUUUCGUGUUUUCUUUCUCUUUUCUCUCUCCCU